AUGGCUGUUCUGGCCCUGGUUUUAUUUUUUCAGUCUUUAUGGCUCGUAUCUGCAGAUGCCCGCCAGGUGAUCGGCCCAGCAAUUGGCAAUGCUGUUCCAAAUCGCUUCAGACGUUGGUCAGCCAAUGUCUGCUAUCCGGAUGUAGGUUGCUUCAACAAUGCUGCGCCUUUUAACAACGCCUACGAUGAAGUCCCGUCAAAACCAGAAGAUAUAGGAACAAAGUUCCAUUUGUACACUCGAUCCAAUUCUGAUUUUCCACAACAAUUGACUUACAACGAUGGAGGUAACAGUCUUCGUGUUUCGUUUUUCAACAAAGACCUUCCAGUAAAAUUCAUAAUUCACGGAUUUACAGAGAGUAUUGAUGCUCCAUGGCUUAAGCGUAUGUCAGAUGCGUUUUUAAAAAAGGAACCAAUGAAUGUUAUUCUUACUGGUUGGAAAGAAGGCGCAAAAGAGCCCUACUACCCUAAGGCUGCUGCCAACACGCGGUUGGUGGGUCGUCAGAUUGGUUUAUUGGUCAACUUGAUGGUCAGUAUGAUGGGAUCCACGUAUGAUAAGGUUCAUCUGACAGGACACAGCCUGGGUGCUCAUAUAUCUGGUUAUGCAGGAGCUUACCUGGACGGGAAGAUUGGACGUAUUACUGGUUUGGACCCAGCCGGGCCGUUCUUUGAAAGUUAUCCCACAGUUGUCCGCCUCGACAAAUCUGACGCCAAGUUCGUUGAUAUCAUCCACUCCAAUGGGGUGUCCAUUACGUCUGGUGGGGCAGGUCUUUCCAUAGUUUCUGGCCAUGUAGAUUUCUACCCUAAUGGAGGUGAAUUUCAACCCGGCUGCGGCGACCCUGUACAAAGCACCCUCGGUGAACUAUUCAGUGGAGACUUUGAAGGGGCAGGGAAUGCUGUGGCAUGCAGUCAUAACAGAGCGUUUGACCUGUUCACUGCAUCUAUUGGUAAUAACCGUGCAUUCACUUCCUACUCGUGUUCAGAUUGGGAUUCAUUCUCCGUUGGAGAUUGCUUUGACUGCAGCCGCGGCAGGUGCUCACAGAUGGGUUAUUAUGCAGACCAGUACAAAGCAACUGGAAAAAUGUAUUUACAAACGCUUGAUGAAUCUCCUUUUUAUGGUUUCCAAUACCUGGUUAAGCUUACAGUCGCAGACGACAGUCAAGGACUAGUGAAAAUACGAGUAGUCGGGGAAAAUGGUGUAUCAGACGUACUAGAGCUUUCUGAACAAACAGAUACGUUGAAGACUGGGGAUCCUCUCCAGCAAAUUUUCAUCACUCAGCGCAAAUUGGGCAAUAUAAAAGACGUUCAGGUUUUCUACGACAAACAGGAUCGUUUGCUUUGGGGAUUUGUUGCUGGAGGAAGUGACGCAUUGACAAUAAAGUCUGCUGUUGUUACUGCUGGAGAGUCAAAGCAAAAGUGGAGGUUCAACCAAGUUCAAGUACCUGAUGACACCUGGGUUUCCACAGUAACCAAGAAGACAAUUUCUGAUUUCAAUACAGAUGGAGGAAUCGUUAUUGGUUGA